CAUAACACAGUGCUUUGUGGGUUCAGCAGGCUUCAAUAUAGACACAGAACUGUUGAGCAACUGUGCCGAGAACAUGGUGACCAGCACAUUGGAGCGCCAAAUGGACAUCCAUCCUGCCACUGCGGACGCCCUCGACGAGAAGAAAGAAAAAUCUGAAAAUAUUUACUUGGGGGAGAUGUUGACAAAGGAGGAAGAGAUCCCUCCAGGAAUCGCCAAUCUGAAGCAUGUCAUCUUUGGGAACAUUACGGACCUGUAUGAAUUCCAUCACAGCAUCUUUCUCAAAGACCUGGAAAAAUAUGAACACAUCCCCGAGGAUGUCAGAAAGUGCUUUAUCACAUGGGCUGAUAAAUUCCAGUUGUAUGUGGAAUACUGCAAGAACAACGAAGAAUCCACUCGGCUCAUCAUGGAGCAUGCUGUGGACUAUUUUCAUAACAUUCAGCAGAAACACGGACUGGCACACUCAGUCAACUCCUACCUGCUGAAGCCAGUGCAGAGAAUAACGAAAUAUCCACUCCUGCUAAAGGAACCCAACAUAAAUUGCAGGAGAGACAUUCACGACAUAACACACUAGAAGAAAACACUUUAAACCGCUGUUCAACUUCACAAUUUGAGUGUUCCUUAGCACCUACUCUCACUCACAAUUGAUAUUGAGUUAAAAAAAUGUUAGUGUUUUUAUGUGUUUUUAGACAUAAAAAUAAGAACUGAUUUGGUUCUGUUUUUAUACACAAUUUUCAAGGAGUUAUGAACAUGUCCACAUACAGGGUGACCCAAAAAAAAAGUUUACACUCAGUUGACUGCUUGUUUAAAAUCCAUUGAAACAUAUCUAAGCAGGUUGUCAUGCUUAAGUGAUUCAUUAAAGAGCAUAUGACACGAGAAAAAAAG